AUGGGCUCGACAGUUGGCCUGUACCUCCCAACUGAAAUUGUUGUGCUUAUUGCCGAAUGGGCCAAUACCCUGAGCUUAUACUCUCAUGAUGGACAAAAUCAAUCUCCCGCAAGAGCCCGGCAAAAGACGAUGUAUAAUCUCUGUCUUGUCAAUCACCAAUGGUACUCGGCAGCUGUUGGUCAUCUCUACGCAUACCCCGAUUUCUUAGCCGGUAGCAGCUUCGUCAAGUUCGCCCAAACGAUAAGCCCUCCCUCGAGGUUCAAUAAGAGUAAGACCGAUCUUGGAACGCUGGUGUAUGGCUUGCGUCUAGACCAUCUGGUCCAUGAAAGCUCGAAUAGCCUCACCUCGCGGCUGCUUGGCCGGGUGAGCAAGAAUUUACGACACUUUACGGCACCGCGUGCUUCUUUUGGAGUCAACGCUCUAGCAUCUCUCGCCAAAUGCCAUAAUUUGACGGAUCUAGACCUGAGCUUGAUAGGCGGGAAAUCUAUAUCGUUCCCACGUCUGAAGAAAAGUAUAGCCGGCCUCCCGAACCUAUCCAGACUUAUACUACCUACAUUCCUGGAAAUUACCCACACAACACCCGCAGACGGCGAAUGGCCGCGCUCUCUCACUCAUAUCAUAGUCGGAGGACACCUUGACGCAGGCGUCAUGUUCCACUUCGACUGGCCUGCGAAUCUGACGAAACUCACGAUCAGCGGGUGCAAGAACCUGAACGAAUCGCUGCUCCAUGAACUACUCUCAAACAAACAGCUUGUCCAUCUCCCAGAACUCGAGAUAUGGGCCGGCACUCAAGUCAUCGACUAUGACUUAGGCACGCCUGUCUUAUUCUCUAUGCCUGCUCUUCGCAGCCUCACUAUCCCGGUGCAGAUGCUCCCUAUCUUCCAGAUCGUGGAUCAUCUGCUCAUCCGUCUCCGUGACCAAUCGCUUCCACUCCGAGUAUUGAAGCUGAAUGAGAUGUCGUUCGCGUCUGACACUAAAGAGUUAGCGGACCAGCUCAUCUAUGAGCUCCUGGAUGGCACAUUAGGGAACCUGUGGUCCCUGGGAAUUAGGCGGGAGUUCAUGGGGCCGCUCGGGCUUGACAAGGAGAGUUCUGCAAUUGAUCAUUACAUCAUGGACCACGUUGAGAAAGCGACAGACGAGGAGCUCGAUGCUAUUGGACUUGAUGAAGUUGGUUUGUACACUUUCUGA